AGCUCUAUUAGGGCUUUCGGUCAGCCAAAGUUAUUCAAUUGUGACAAGAGCAGAAAUACACAGAGCAAUACUAUGAAGACAUCUUUUAAUAUAAGGACCAAGGAUUCCAACUCUGGAAAAUCAAGGAAUACCUCAAAAUCCUAUAGAAAGAUAAAGAAGAUAGUAAACGGAAAAGCAAAAUGGACAGAAGAGAAACCGUUUGCAUGUUCUGAAUGUGGAAAAUGUUUUUGCUAUAAAGCAUAUCUUGUUACACAUGAGAGAACUCACACAGGAGAGAAACCAUUUGCAUGUUCUGAAUGUGGAAAAUGUUUUUCCUGUAAAGAAUAUCUUGUUACACAUGAGAGAACUCACACAGGAGAGAAACCUUUCUCAUGUUCUGAAUGUGGAAAAUGUUUUCCCUGUAAAGCAUAUCUUGUUUCGCAUCAGAGAACUCACAUUGGAGAGAAACUUUUCUCAUGUUCUGAAUGUGGAAAAUGUUUCUCUUGUAAAGCAUAUCUUGUUUCGCAUCAGAGAACUCAUACAGGAGCGAAACCUUUUUCAUGUUCUGAAUGUGGAAAACAUUUUGGCAGUAAACGAGAGCUUGUUAUACAUAAGAGAACACACACAGGAGAGAAACCUUUCUCAUGUUCUCAAUGUGGAAAAUGUUUUUCCUGUAAACCAUAUCUUGUUUCACAUCAGAGAACUCACACUGGAGAUAAACCUUUCUCAUGUUCUGAAUGUGGAAAAGGUUUUUCCUUUCAGUCAGCUUUUGAUAGACAUAAGAUAACUCACACAGGAGAGAAACCUUUCUCAUGUUCUGAAUGUGGAAAAUGGUUUUCCUGUAAAGCAUAUUUUGUUUUGCAUCAGAGAACUCACAAUGGAGAGAAACCUUUCUCAUGUUCUGAAUGUGAGAAAUGCUUUGUCAGUAAAUCAGAGCUUGUUUCACAUAAGAGAACUCACACAGGAGAGAAACCUUUCUCGUGUUCUGAAUGUGGAAAAUGUUUUUCCAGUAAACCAAAUCUUGUUACACAUGAGAGAACUCACACGGGAGAGAAACCUUUCUCAUGUUCUGAAUGUGGAAAACGUUUUGGCAGGAAAUCAGAGCUUGUUGCACAUCAAAGAGCUCACACAGGAGAAAAACCUUUCUCAUGUUCUGAAUGUGGAAAAUGUUUUUCUAGUAAACCAAAUCUUGUUACACAUGAGAGAACUCACACGGGAGAGAAACCUUUCUCAUGUUCUGAAUGUGGAAAAUGUUUUCCCUGUAAAGCAUAUUUUGUUAGACAUCAAAGAGCUCACACAGGAGAGAAACCUUUCUCAUGUUCUGAAUGUGGAAAAUGUUUUGUCAGUAAAUUAGAGCUUGUUGCACAUCUAAGAGUUCACACAGGAGAGAAACCUUUCUCAUGUUCUGAAUGUGGAAAAUGUUUUUCCUUUAAAGCAUAUCUAGUUACACAUCAGAGAACUCACACAGGAGAGAAACCUUUCUCAUGUUCUGAAUGUGGAAAAUGUUUGGUCAGAAAAUCAGAGCUUGUUAGACAUCAAAGAGCCCACACAGGAGAGAAACCUUUCUCAUGUUCUGAAUGUGGAAAAUGUUUUCCCUGUAAAGCAUAUCUUGUUAGACAUCAAAGAGCUCACACAGGAGAGACACCUUUCUCAUGUUCUGAAUGUGGAAAAUGUUUUUCCUUUCAUUCAGCUCUUGUUAGCCAUAAGAGAACUCACACAGGAGAGAACACAAUCUAAUGUUCUGAAUAUGGAAAACGUUUUGUCAGUAAAUCAGAGCUUGUUACACAUAAAAUAACUCACACAGGAGAGAAGCCUUUCUUAUGUUCUGAAUGUGGAAUUUUGUUUAGCCAGCACUCAAACCUUCUUAAACAUCAGAAAACUUACAUAGCGAAACCUUUCUCAUGUUUUGAUUGACAAAAAUAUUUUAGAUUUCAUUCAAAUCUUGUUCACAGAGAACUCGGAUAGCAGAGAGAGAAUUUUCAUGUAGUGAAUGUGGAAAUGUUUUACCCAUCAUUUCAGGCAACUCUUAAAGGAGAUACCUUUCUCAUGGUUUGAAUGUGGAGGGUAACACUCCACUUUCACCUUCCAGUUCUGCUACUUCCCACCCUGUUGCUUGGUUGCUAUCCCCCACUCUGCCCUUAUUGCGGUGCUUUUAUAUCCCUGCUCCUCUAGAUUUAAAGCUCUUUCGAGCAGGGUCCUUAUUAAUCUAUUAUUUUUGAACCAAUUUGUAAUUGUCUUAAUAAUUGAUAAAUUUCCCCUUUGUAAUAUUUUAUAGCACAUAUAAGCAUAUCAAUGAUAUAUUUUCCACAAUCUUAUAUAAAGUCUG